CCGGGGACCAGGGUGGGGGUGGGAGGGGGGCAGAGGGGAGGAGCUGAAGGGGGGCGGCAGGGCAAAAGGGACCCCCGGAGCCCUGCCGCCAUCAGAGAUCCAGCAUCUGGCAUCAGGGAUCUUCGGACCCAGCAGAAGGAUCAGCCACAGGGGAGGUGUCCUCCGGGGAAAGCCAACGAGAGCUCCACCUGCCCCACAUCAGGAGUGCCCCCACCCCUGAAGCUGCUGGCAACCUACCAGGCCCCUCCCCCCUAAGCCUCCUUCUCCAUCACCCUCCGCAGGCCCUUUCCCCCCUCCAGCUCUUAGCCCCCAGUCCCCAGCGCCCCUGAUACCACCCUGAUCCUCCAGGUCCUGAGCACACUGACCCUCAUCCUGGGAUAUCUGCCAGAUCUCUGGGAGGGAGGUCAUUUGUCUGGGCUAUGCCCCCUGGUGGCAUGACAGUGUCUGCCUAGACCCCUGACCCCUAGCCCUCAACUCCCUGGGCCUCCUUUGUGUGAAGACCUGCCCCUCUGCUCAGCACUGUGGUUGGGGGCCAAAGGGAAAGCCAGCUCCGGCUGGGCCCCGGCCCCCACCACUUGCCUCCUUGCUGGGCAGCUCCCCUUGGCCUUUGGGCCUCUCCCUGAUCCCUUCGGCCCCUUCUCCUGGGCCGCCCCAAUGAAGGAGCCGGAUGCCAUCAAGCUGUUUGUGGGGCAGAUCCCGAGGCAUCUGGAGGAAAAGGACCUGAAGCCCAUCUUCGAACAGUUCGGUCGGAUCUUCGAGCUGACUGUCAUCAAGGACAAGUACACCGGGCUGCACAAGGGAUGUGCCUUCCUGACAUACUGUGCCCGCGAUUCAGCCCUGAAGGCCCAGAGCGCCCUGCACGAACAGAAGACGCUUCCAGGGAUGAACAGGCCGAUCCAGGUCAAGCCAGCCGACAGCGAGAGCCGAGGAGAAGACCGGAAGCUCUUUGUGGGGAUGCUAGGGAAGCAGCAGACAGAUGAGGACGUCAGAAAGAUGUUCGAGCCUUUUGGGACCAUAGACGAGUGCACUGUGCUCCGGGGGCCAGAUGGCACCAGCAAAGGCUGCGCCUUUGUGAAGUUCCAGACCCACGCUGAGGCCCAGGCAGCCAUCAACACCCUUCACAGCAGCCGGACCCUGCCAGGUGCCUCGUCCAGCCUGGUGGUGAAGUUUGCUGACACAGAGAAGGAGCGAGGUCUCCGCCGAAUGCAGCAGGUGGCCACCCAGCUGGGCAUGUUCAGCCCCAUCGCCCUGCAGUUUGGAGCCUACAGCGCCUACACCCAGGCCCUGAUGCAGCAGCAGGCAGCCCUGGUAGCGGCUCACAGUGCCUACCUCAGCCCCAUGGCCACCAUGGCUGCCGUGCAGAUGCAGCACAUGGCUGCCAUCAAUGCCAAUGGCCUCAUCGCCACCCCCAUCACCCCAUCCUCAGGAACCAGCACCCCUCCUGCCAUGGCCGCCACGCCCGUCUCUGCGAUCCCUGCCGCCCUGGGUGUCAACGGCUACAGCCCGGUGCCCACCCAGCCCACCGGGCAGCCUGCCCCCGAUGCUCUGUAUCCCAACGGGGUUCACCCCUACCCAGCCCAGAGCCCCGCAGCCCCCGUGGACCCCCUGCAGCAGGCCUACGCGGGGAUGCAGCACUACACAGCAGCCUACCCAGCAGCCUACAGCCUGGUUGCGCCUGCGUUCCCACAGCCUCCCGCCCUGGUCGCCCAGCAGCCCCCCCCUCCUCCCCAGCAGCAGCAGCAACAGCAGCAGCAGCAGCAGCAGCAAAGGGAAGGCCCUGACGGCUGCAACAUCUUCAUCUACCACCUGCCCCAGGAGUUCACGGACUCAGAGAUCCUCCAGAUGUUUGUCCCCUUUGGCCAUGUCAUCUCAGCCAAAGUCUUUGUUGACCGGGCCACCAACCAGAGCAAGUGUUUUGGCUUUGUGAGUUUCGACAAUCCGGCCAGCGCUCAGGCUGCCAUCCAGGCCAUGAACGGUUUCCAGAUUGGCAUGAAGCGCCUCAAAGUCCAGCUAAAGCGGCCUAAGGAUGCCAACAGGCCCUACUGAGGGCCCCCAGGUCUGGAGACACCAGAGGAAGGGGCGCCACACCCCGCUCCCCACGACUGGCCCCAGCCCUCUCUGCACACCUGCCCAGGGCCUCCAUGGGGCUCUGGGGCAAAAGCUGCUUCAUAGCCCUGGGGGAGCAGGACACCGGCCCAUCCCAGCACCCCGCCCCUCCUGAAGGGCCUGUUUCCUCCCAGGUGCCCUUUUGGCCUUUGUGAGGGACCAAGGGACAGGCUCGAAGGCUCCGGGGGAUCUGCCUUCUGCUGGGGCUCCUGUGGUGACCUUCUGGCCCAGCUUUCGCACUUGCGUCCCCCACCAGCGGGCCUGUGGCCCUGGGAGGGCAGCGGGGGCCUCCCACAA